AGCCAGCUCUCCUACGACCGGAAGUCGGGAUUCAGGACCGGAAGUUGGGUUUCAGAGCCGGAAGCUGUCCGAGCAGCUACCGGGGGUCCCUGCGGGAAGCGACCGUUGGGACGGUUGAAGAGGAGGUGGUUUUGCGCCCAGGACUGCAGAUGGAGGCGGCGCCGGAUCCCGGGCCUGGGCUCUGUUGUAAACCUGGCGGGCGGCUGGACAUGAGCCACGGCUUCGUGCACCAUAUACGUCGGAACCAGAUCGCUCGGGACGACUACGACAAGAAGGUGAAACAGGCGGCCAAGGAGAAGGCGAGGAGGCGGCACACACCCGCGCCAACGCGGCCCCGCAAGCCCGACCAGCAGGUGUAUCUGCCCCGGCACCGAGAUGCCUCUACCCACCCAGCCAACCCAGACUGUGAGGAGUCCGGUGAUAGCAGCAGUAGUGGCAGCUCGGAGCUGGAGCCUUCUGGCCGUCAGCUCUUCUGCUUAGAAUAUGAGGCGGACAGUGGAGAGGUCACAUCAGUUAUCGUAUAUCAGGACGAUGACCCAGGAAAGGUGAGUGAAGAGGUGUCAGCACACACACCUCUGGAUCCACCCAUGCGAGAGGCCCUCAAGUUACGUAUCCAAGAGGAGAUUGCAAAGCGCCAGAGCCAACACUAACCAGAUUGGAUUCACUGUACUUUGAAGAAUUCUUCCCUGGGAGCUCACUCCUGGUUUGGGGGUGCCAGGAUCAGACUACCUGACCUUGAGACCCCAGAGCUGCUAUAUCCACAAGGGUGUUGCAGGACAACAUCUCCCUGACAACCAUUCUUCCUUGUAUGUUGGCCCAUUUACCCAGUCUAAUCUGAAAUUUUGAGAAUUUUGUUACGCUAACUUGAUAUGCUGGAAGCAAGACUUUAGGAAUAACCAGGGUUUAUGAAACCUUUUACCAACAUGCUGCCUUCUCGCUGAGGUCAUCUGCCUGACCACUCCAUGACCCAUGUUUGUUAUUUUAUGGGUCUUUCAUAUUUCUGCUCGCUUUUGUGUUUUCCUAGAUGACACCCCCCCCUCCAGUUCUCUUACUUUGUUCUUUCCUUUUUCUCAUCCUUUUUGCCUCAGGUAGAAUCCAUCAGUUCUUCACGCCCCAACAUGACUGCACCUCCUCUGCUCAGGACUUUGGAAGGGGGGGAGGGUGUCCUGGAAUCUUGCCUUUCCAAUGAGUUCUCCCAAGUAAUUCUGAUACCAAUAAAAUGGGAGAACUCUUGUUUUUGAGGCCUACUUGGAAGCAUGCCUUCUUCCCCUUCCAUGGCUUUUCCAAGUUGUUUGUAUGCUCCCUGCUUUGCGUUGUCUAGAUUGGAGGCCUCUCUGUCUAGAUAGAAGUUGCUGGAGCCAAACUAGACGACUGCAGCAAAACCUACCUUAGCUAGGACUGCAUAGUUCUAGCUUUUGAUUUCAUCCCUAGCUGUCCUCUGAACAGACUAUCCUCUGCUUAGACUAAAGGGGAAUUAUCAAAACAAGCUUCAAACUGACUCUUCAAUUGUGACAUAACAGUUUUGAACAUACAUACCAAGAGAAACUCCACAUUAGCAAUAAUUGUCUGUUUGAAACCCUAGUUGCAGGACUGAUGGGAUAGCGCAAGUGGUAGAGGCCUGCCUGUCAAAUGCAAAGCCCUGAGUUCAAACCAAAAAGAAAAUCCCAGUUGCAAAAAAUAUCCUGAACAAUACCCUAGAAGUGAAGUGAGCCAUCUUGGCUGCCCCCUCCUUCACCCCAUGUUUUCCCCUUUCCCACUUCCCAAGAGUCUAUAACUCAGAUCCUUAGGGUAAAGAGCCAGACGUGGUGGCAUACACCUGUAAUCCCAACGCUUGGGAGGCAGGAGAAGCACGAGUUUGAGGCCAGCCUGGGCUACAUAGUGAGAUUCUGUCGCAAAAAAAAAAAAAAAAAAUCCCAGCAAUAGUACUGCUUUUACCUAGGGAACAUUUUUUUCUAACACUGGGUUAGGCUAAGGUCUGAAGUCCACAAGACAUCCUGUGCACCAGAGUUACAAAGCACUUCAGUUUUCUAGCAAAUAAGCCUAAACCUCAGUGAUUUGAAAUAUAAACACUGAGACUUAAGCCCCCUGCCCCAAAGGUUUCUCUAUAUCUAAAUGAGUCUCAAGAUCAGCCUGGCAACUACACCUCAGCAGCUAUUUUAAGUUUUUUUUUCCCACCCCCAGCUUUUCUCUUAACAUUGAGAGCUCAAUUGAUUUGUUUCUUGCACCCCUGAAAACAGACCCUCCAGAAAUGGGUCAAGCAAAACAGCUACUUCAACUGUGCCAUUAAAACAUUAAACUCUGAGUCAGCUUGAGUUUUCAGAGGAAUGCUGGAACCACAAGUGAGGUGGUAAAUUAGAAGGGCCUGGUUAUAAAGACAGCCAUGGAGCAGAGUGCUCCAGACCCCAGAUCUGGCCCAAGGUUAAGUGCCUUACACUUGCCAAUCCUGGGCUUAGUUCUGCUUUCAAGGAGAAAGUCUUUGCCCUCUACUUAUGCAACUAUUCUAGAAGUGCCUUUGGACUUGCACUGUUAACUACCCUCCAAAGCCUCCUGGGCCAAGGAGGCGCUGCCAAAUUCUAUCCCCUUCAUGCUGCAGGACAGAGGACCAGUCCUUUUAGUCCAGCUCUUCAACCAGUUUUAUGACUUGGAACAUUGGAUUUCACUGGAGUGUUUUGGCUUCUUAUAGUUGCUGUUUGUUUCUUGAGAAGGUAAAAAAGUAAAAGGCAGCAUUUAGUAUGAACCUGUUGUGUCCUUUUAUGUGUUGUGUUAUCCUCACAAAAGAUCCUCUUUGGAAACUCCUUACUGUUAAAACAUUUUUCUUGAUGCAUUUUGUUAUUGAGUGCAUAUAUUUUCUACCCAAAAAGCACUCUUAAUUCUUAACUAGUUUAUGCAGUCUGACUAAAUAAAGCACUAAGCCUUGUACUCAAAUGUCAGGUAGUCCUUCAGGGCUGGCCCGUUGAAGCUGAUGCUGCUGUUUCUUCAGGUGUGUCUGAAAUGCCUCUUUGAGUAUGGUCUUCAGCCUUACAGUUCAGCCUCACUGCUUGCUGGGGUCUGAGAUGGUACUAGCCAGCAUAUUUGCCAGACUUCCCAGAGUCAGACAUCUCUUAACUAUUUAAACAAUUAGUGCUUUGCCAUUAAGGAGCAUGUCCAGAGCAUUUCUUACAGGCUCUGGAGAUGUCUCAAAGAGGACUGCCCUUUGCUGUGUGGCACAGUGGCUACUGCCACAGUAGUGUUGGACUAGGUGAAACUUCCAGCAGGCUGCUUCAGAAUCAACACUCAUUUGACUAGAUAUGUUCUUGACUAUCUUUAAAAAAAAUGAUAGGCAUAUCUUAUGCCCAUUCAAUAUGGAUUGUUGAGUGACUAGACUUAAGCCUGUAGUUUUGGGUUUCCUGGGCCACAGCAGGUUAUAUUACUGACGUGAGGAAGCUAUUUUUCAGGGGUCUUGGGCUAUAGGAGAGUUAACACUAAAGCUUGAGUUGUAGUCCACUGGCAAAGAUGGAAGUCUUUGAAGAAGGGAAAAGAAUGUAAAGCUCUAUAUAGGUAAGAAAAUGGGAGCUUCAGCGGCACAUGCAGCCAGUGGGCUCAGUGUGGGCAUUGAAGAGCCUCUCUGAAAGGGACAUGUCAUCUCCAUGGUCCUCUCUGAGAGGCACUGCCAACUAGACACUAGCCCAUGCAGAUGGGAGGAAGCCCUCUGGGGUGGUAAGUAUCUAACGUGCUGUGCAUUUGGCAGACUACAUGAAUGGCAGGGCAGUGGAUCCCCAGAUGGUGCAAAUUGAGGCCUUUGCAUUAGAAAAAGAAGUAAGGACAUAUUACUUUCCUACCUCUGAGCCUUUGGGAAAUUCACCAUGGAAUGCUGACAAUUAUGUGAAGCAUUUUAACUCCUCUGAACUCCUGUCCCCUUAGGAAUCACAUGGGCAAGAAGCCACAAGCACCCACCCCAUAAUUUCUAGACAUUGGAGUGACAACUUCCUAGUAGAUAGCUCCUCUUCCUUCCCAGAGCCAACAAACAACAGACUGUGUCAGGUGCUAAAUGUACAAAAAAUCCAUACAUUCUUUUUCUUCAUUUUCAAUGUUUCUGUGUGUGGAUGAGUAAAAUGAAGUGUACAGAUUAUUUGAAAAUCAUAGAAGGAAGGUACUUUUCAAAUACAGUACUUUUUGUAACCAAUAAACUUACUAUUUUUACAGCCUUGUUUUUGCCAAGAGUUGUGAAAUCACUUGUGUACACAGGGAAGUGGAAAUUAAAUGCCUGCCAUAAAGUCAUUCCAUCACAGACUUAGCAGUGGAAAUCUCAUCUCUUUGCUGUACCUAUUUUAAGAGCUGUCCUGGUUGGAGCAUAACAGCUACAUUCAUGUACCAUUAGUUUUGGAAGGGAUUUUUAAAGAUAACUGGUCCCACUUACCUGAUACAUGACUCCCCUCAAGUACCCAUAGCCUGGAUUCCCUGUCAUAGGGAGCUCUAUCUUAGAGUAACUCUAUUUUAGGAACUAUUCAGAUUGUUAUAGUAAGCCUAAAAGUGUUUCCAAUGUCAUAGUUCU